GUUCUACUGCGUAUAGCAUUCAUCUUCCCAUAGCUGUUUGUAGGCUUCGUCAAGAUGUCUGCACCGGGUCGGUUCGUCUCGGCGGUCCCAGCCAAAGUCUCCAGCAUACCAAUCUUCCUCGCUCCAGCUUUCCUGAAGCCCACCCAGACUGUUUUCCCAGCUCUGGUAUCCUCGAGAACCUUCUCAUCCUCAAUCGCCCACUCCUCAAGCAACCGCAGGUCCGGUGAGGCCAAUAAAAAAAGAGGCGAAUCAGCUAUCAGACGGACUGGACCUCGGACAACACAAGGUCGAUGGAAUUUCGCGUUGCCAGAACCAGCAUUUAGAGAGCGAGUUGCUCAGCCGACCGACUACCUAGGAACAGCCAACCAUGGGUUAUGGCAAUUCUUCGACAGCACCAAGAAGUCGAUGGUUGAGCCACAUGUCUCAGCCCAACAUGGUCGUGCUUGGACACGGGAAGAGCUAUCACGAAAAUCGUUCGAAGACUUACACAAGCUCUACUGGGUCUGCAUCAAGCAUAAGAAUCAAACCUUGACACUUGAAAGAGAGAGAGUGCGCCGAAGGGCUGGGUAUGGCGAGGCUGAGGCCGAGGAGAGGAUCGCAGAGAUCAAGAAAACCAUGAGCAGAAUCCGAAAGGUGCUUGCAGAUCGACAGAUGGCUUUCGAAGAAGCGCAGACGAUGCUACACAACGAGACGCUGAAGGAGAUCUUUUCCAGCGACGGAGAGAAAGAUGAGGACAAUGAAUCAUGGGUUGAAGAUUCAUACGAUCAAGCACCCAUUGAACAGCCUCGACCUUGAUUUGGCAAAUGUCAUCUUUGCCUGUACAAUAUUAAUUCCUUGUUUCCUGACACUCGGGUGAACAUAUCUGGAUACGUGACAAGACGGUCCAUGACUAGAGGACUCGGAAACCCCCUGAUAGAAAUAGUAACAGCAAUCCCAUUGACGCGGAGAGCUUUGUCAUGAUAUUGUGGCUUUAGCGAGACUCAAGUCAUAGUAUCACAACCUACCAAACCUAUACCUACGUACAAUUAUUUCGCUAUUCGAGAUCUAGCAACAACCCG